AUGUCUGCUGCCGCCUUCCUCCUGUCAGCUCAGCUUCACCCAGGCCCGACACCCAGGCCAGACUCGCCCAAGAGGCUGUGUGGAAUCAAGCAGAUCCCGCUCCUCUUGUUCGUUCCCUUCGCCUAGCCUGAUCUGCCAUUCUUUUCUAUUCCAACAUCCCACAUCCCACUGUUGGUGCUUGCGCUUUUGCUCUUUCUCGCCAACGCUGUCGCUUGAGGCCUUUGUGACACAACCUCCCAGCCCUAAUCUUUUGCCCCUUUGCGCCCCUUCGCCGAACGUCCCUCGCGACCCUUCCGAUCCUGCAAGCCACGCCCGUUGUAAUAAGGCUUCACCUCUUCCAUCCGGCGCUCCCAUUGUCACGCAAGCCCACACUCCGCGACCACCAAACCGCCGCCGAUAACGUAUCGUGUCCAGCAACACCAUCUAUAAAUCCGCCCGUCCGUACUGCGAUUUCGCCCCGCGAUCAAAUCGCUAGCCUCGGCCGUCCACCGCGGCCACGAGCCCGACCGCGCACGCACACGAACGCGCCCGCAGUCUCCGCCCUGCACACACACUCGAGAACCUUGCUUAUUCGCCACUUUUCCUGGUCCCGUUCCUAGACCCCAUAUCUACAAUGUUUCUUAGGAAGCCGGACACAGCGCCCGCUUUUGCAGCAUUGCCUUUCCAUCGCCCGAGUUUGCAAACCAUGUCGAGGAUACACCCAAGAAAGGACGACCCUCAAGGGAAGAGUAAUGUCUUGUCCUCUCCAACUGCCAUCAUCAUCGUUUCGGUCAUCGCGGGUCUCAUAUUUCUCACUCUAUUCGUUAUUUAUAUUCGCAGCCUUCGAGUGAGGCACCCCGAGCCGAAAUACAUCCCCACACCUUUCCUCAAGAGGAUAUGGGAAAACUGGACGCCAUCAUCAGCCCGCUAUAUGCGACCGGCUGGGGAUGGAAACGGACGAUGGGGUGCACCGGGUGCACCAGGUGCCAGGGGAGACCAGCGCAACGGCCAGAGCUCGUCCGAAGCUACACUGACAACGGUGCCCAUGCAAUCGUCGUCCAACGCCACGGUAACCAUCGACCGCCACACAUCAGUGCGCUCCGUUAUGACGCUUCCCGAAUAUCGGACCAAGGUCGCCGAAGGAGAGCAGGUUCUGGGCGUCGAGGGCGAGCGGGAUGGCAUCGAUGUCGUCGUCGAGCUGCCUACGGCCGAGGAGGAGGAGGCGCUACGCGAUGAGGAGAUGGAGGGGCUUUUUCAGAUUCGUGAGGCUAGGCGCCGCCAGCUCGCCGAGCGUGAGCAGCGGAACCAGCGCCGAGAGCAGGCCCGUGCCGGGAACGACGUGGUAGCCUUGCGCGCUGUCCGCGAUGAGGCCCGCGCUGCGCGCGUCAACAACACCGAGGAAAUCGAGGCCCUGCGCGAGAUGCAGAACCAGGCCAAGCAGAAUCGCCAGCGUGCAGUCAGCAGUGUUAGUUACGCCGAGAUCGGCCUGGUGCGUCACGACGGCACGCGUGCCCGUGCGAAUAGCAACGAGAGCGAGCGGAUGGGGCUCCUCAGCGACACGGCGAGCAUAGCUGCCCUCAGCAUCGCCACCUCCACCCGCACCAGAAGCAGCCUCGCAGAUCGCAGGUCUCAGGCUACUGGACGCCCGCGCAGCAGCUCUGUCCUCAGUGUCGAGACGUACCGCAGCCAGCCGGGAUCUCCUGGCCAGUCGCCACGCAACUCGCCUGGCCUGUCGCCAGGUCUGAGCCGCCGCUCUCGCGCCUCGUCGCGCCCGCGGCGCCUUUCUGCAGCAAGCACCAUUCACGCUGGCUCCAGCCCCGAAAUUAUCGACGCGGCCGAGGCCGAUCUGGGUGGAGGCUACCUCUCACAGAGGGCACCGCCGGGCUACGACGAGGUUAGCCUCAACGACGAUCCCGCUGGAAGCUUCCACAAUGUUAGCCAUCCCGGCUCAGGACACACCACCCCAAACACUCCACACUUCGACGAGCCUCCCCCCGAUUACCCGGGCCCGCUUCCGGAGCGGCGCUCGUCCCAGCGCGCAGCUGGUCAGGUCGCCCCGCGAACCAGGACCAGCUUGAGCAGCAGCACCUCGCCCCAACUGCCCAACUUGAACUUCCAGACUCUCCCGCAGAUCGUUAUCGAGCCAUCAACUGCGAUGCCGGGAGAUAACAACGAACAAUCACAACCCAAUAGAUUCUAAUAGGAUCUACAACUGGGAGGCUUGCGCGUGUCGCAAAAGGAUAAGGAAAAAAAAUACAGCGAAAAAAAAAAACCACAAUAUAAUCUAAGGAUAUUCAGUUAUUGUAUUGAAGGGGCUGGUUGUACGACGCACAGAAGAGAAGGCAAAGAUGCCAUGAAAGGAUAAGACCCUAAAGGAACAGGCUGGAUCGCAAUGGAUAAACAAGGGCUCGGGGGUUCGGCAAUGGCAUGGCCUGGAGUGGGCAGAGAUAUACCAUGGAAGGCUAGUGGGGUGGUGAUGGUGGCUAGUAUCUUGUCCUCGGUUACUCUUUUUUCUUUCUCACUUUUGUAUCAUGUCUGUCACACAUCUAGGUGCCUGCCCAGGUACCCCUUUACGCCACUGUUCUUUGUUACAUGCAUCACCAGGCGCAAACGGCAGGCGGGGUUGCAUCUCAUGCGGUUCUCCUGUUUUACGUUUAUAUUGGACCGGCAGUCGUUGUUCCCCAGAACUUCCUGGUUCGAGUUAUUUGAUCAUAAUCUCGUACUUUUGUUCUCGUCAGUUUGGGUUUGUUGGCAGUGAAGCGCUUCCAAGUACAAGGCCAUCUUCCCGGCGGGGUCCACGGCUCGACCAGAGUAUAGUGACCUAGUGUACACUUAGGGAACUACAUGCUCGAGUACAACUUAGUAUGGUACUCAUUGUCACCAACCUCACUGUUUUAACCUCCUCUGCUAUCACCCCGCUUGGUCCUUCCGUUUUUACUUGUUUACUCCCUUCAUUCCAAAAACCCGGGUGGCUCUUUCCAGAAGUCUACGCGAGAGACCAGCGGCUCCAAACAGCAAAUAGGGAUAUACAGAGCACCGGCCGUAGAUUGCCGGGAUGAAUCAGCCGAACUUCUUCUC